AUGUUCCAUUUGAAUAAAGACGGAUCUCCAGAUUUGACCUUGGCGUCGAAAAGUGAAGAGAUGAUCUGGAAGGUACUAGUAUUGGAUGCAAAGUCACAGGCAAUUAUUUCUUCUGUAUUAAGAGUGAAUGAUUUAUUGAGGUGUGGAAUUACUGUUCAUUCCUUAAUUAAUUCAAAGAGAUCGCCAUUACCUGACGUUUCAGUCAUAUAUUUUAUUGAGCCAACAAUAGAGAAUAUAUUAGUGAUCAUAGAUGAUUUAUCGGCGGAUAAAUAUGACAAUUUUUAUAUUAAUUUCACAUCCAGUAUAAAUAGAGAAUUAUUGGAAGAGUUUGCCAAAAAGGUAUCUAUUUCAGGUAAAUCUUACAAGAUCAAACAGGUAUUCGAUCAGUAUUUGGACUUCAUAGUAACUGAGCCAAAUUUAUUUUCGUUGGACUUGCCAGAAGUUUUCACAAAAUUUAACAAUCCAAGUACAAACGAAGAUGACAUACAUAAAUUGGCAGAAAACAUUGCAAAUGGCUUAUUAGCAUCAAUAAUCACCUUGGAUAGUAUUCCAAUCAUAAGAUGUCAAAGGAAUGGGCCCGCAGAAUUAGUAGCAACUCAAUUGGAUUCAAAAUUGAGAGAUUACUUGAGCAAUUCAAGAAAUUUAAUGAGCCAGUCAAUUCAACAAAGGCCUGUAUUAAUUAUAUUAGAUCGUAACAUUGAUUUAUCUUCUAUGUUUUCACAUUCAUGGAUAUAUCAAUGCAUGGUGAGUGACGUUUUUCAUUUGAAAAGAAAUACAAUAAAAUUAACAAAGUUCAAUGAUGAUUCAUCUUCCGUUACUAAAAAUUAUGAUAUUGAUCCAAAGGACUUUUUCUGGGGUAAAAAUUCACAAUUACCUUUCCCAGAUGUAGUUGAGAAUGCUGAUGUUGAAUUAAAUUUAUACAAAAAGGAUGCACAAGAAUUAACAAAUAGAACCGGUAUAACUUCGUUAAGUGAUAUCAACAACCAAGCUGGUUCUGAUACUGCACAUAUCCAGCAAGCAGUUGACGCUUUGCCAGAAUUAACUGCUCGAAAGGCCACUUUGGAUAUGCAUAUGGAUGUUUUAGCUACAUUAUUGAAGGAAUUGGAGGCAAAGAGUUUAGACAAAUUUUUCGAAAUUGAACAGAACUAUAAUAACCCAAAGAUUCAAAGUCAAUUUUUAGAAAUUUUAAAAGACAAAUCAAAAAGAGACAACUCCACUGACAAAUUGAGAUCAUUCUUAAUAUUAGUUUUAUUGUUAGAUUUGCCUGCAAACUUUAUCAAUCAAUGCAAAGAAAUUUUACACAAUGAAUAUCCAGACCUUGAUUUGGAUUCAUUUAAAUACAUCCAAAAAUUUAAACAGGUUAUGAAGUUAUCGAAUAUGUCAAGUUUGAAUGACCAGUCUUCCGGUAAUUCGAGUUUUGAUGCUAAUGCAUCUAAAAAUAAUACAGCCUUAUUCAAUGGUUUAUCAUCUAAAUUAUAUGGAUUAACUGAAGGAAGAAUUACUGAAGGUUUGAGUUCUUUGGCAACAGGUUUAAAGAAACUUUUGCCUGAUAAGCAACAAUUGCCAAUUACAAACGCAGUGGAAGCUAUUAUGGAUCCGGCCAAUGCUUCGAAUAAUUCAAUUCAACUAACUGAUGAUUACUUGUAUUUGGAUUCAAAGUUGCGAGGUGGUCAUUCAAAACCCCCAAAGAGACAAUCAUAUCUUGAAGCGCAAGUCUUUGUAGUUGGGGGUGGUAAUUAUUUAGAAUAUCAAAAUCUUCAAGAAUGGUCAAACUCACCAAAUAAGCCUACCAAAAGAGUUACUUACGGCAGUACAGAUAUAAUAACUGCGAAUGAAUUUUUGAAAGAGUGCUCUAACUUGGGUAAACUUGAGAAUUAA